AUGGACAACUCACGUACCCGGAAUCGAAAUCGGGUGACCUAUGGCACCGUCAAAGGCCAGUCUCGUUCGAACCCCAACACAACGCAUGCACGCCCAGUCAAGGUUGCUUCCCAAGGGAAGACUGUGCCGAGCUCACCACGUAUCUCACGAUCCUCCAAAAAUGGGAUACAGAACCCCAAGGAGGAUGAUAAGCCACCCGGGUCUUCCGGCGCGACCCCAGCACCCGCUCUUGCGCAAUCGCAAUCCACCACAGAACCCGAUGUGUAUGAUCUACCCUCCUCAGGCGAUGAGAGACCCAUAAUUCGGCGAAAGCGAAGGCGUCUCAGUCCCGACGCAAUCAGCAAACAUAGUCCCACGACCAAGCGAGCUGCGGGGCCCAGGGAUGCACCUAACUCGGAGUCGCGCGUGGUCGAUGGCAGGGAUACUGCCGCGUCACGGAAGCCAGAAAAGGCGGUGCUCAAAGGAAAUGUGCCUUUGAAGAUUGCCAAGGCAGACGAUCAGCAAUUGAUGAAGGCCGAGAAACCGUCAUAUUCAAGAGCUGGUAGGCCUGCGCGCGGCAAAACAGAGAAACCCGCCCCCGAGGAUGCACCAGCAGCACCACACAAUGAGAGUUCCGAGGUAUCUGGCUCUGAGGCGAAGAGCUCACCGAUCACCAAGCAGCGGUAUGCGACUGCAGGGAAUGUUACACCUGGUCGGAAGAGACUGAUUGACUCACUCGGAUCAACAAAACCCACUCUCGAAAUUCCCCAACAGAGUCCUGCCGCAAGCCAGCAGUCAUCAAUUCCAGCUCCACGCAGUCCGGCCUCGCCACGAGUACCUGUAGAGGAGGGUCAUCUCGAAAACCACGUUCAAGCUUCUCCUACUGCAGGCCCACCUCACCUGCGGAGCUCAGGUGUCACGUACGCCCGUCAACGCUCAUUUCUUGAUGACAUGCUCCUCGAAGAAGAUCUUACAGCGCCUAAUCUUUCGGGCCCACAGCACCGUUCUCAGUCAGUCCAGCGUCAGUUGAUGAAAGAUGCCACCUCCAGUGCUCAAUCAAUAGUGGAAAACGAUGAAGCGAACGACGAAGGAGCAGUGCGAAGUAUCCACGAGCUCCGCCAAGCCGGGGGGAACGCACGGUACCGAGGCGCUGUCGAGUCUAUAUUUGAAGACAUCGAGGAUACACAAAACUCAGUGUCGGGUCGAUGCAAUGCCUUGCUUCAACUGUGCGGGAAGCUGUUGGAUAGUGGUCUAAGACGUCGGUUUGUGGAGUGUAACUUCGACAAAAGGCUUGUCGAUUGCCUGUCUAUGGAGCUUCAGAUGGUUCCUGCAACUCUCGCGCUUUGUGCCUAUGCACUGGCAUCGUCCGAUGGGCACAUGCCUUUUAUUCUAGCAACUGCAGCAUGGCCCAAACUGUUGAACCUAUCUCCGAUGUUGCUGGCCGCCCAAGAUGACCUAACAGAGGUGACAAAAGCCCAGCUCACCGGCCCAGCUCGCCCUUUGCAAAAGGCGAUCCAGAAUACCAUCCCGAGGAUCUCUGAUAUGCUGUUUCCCGAUCCCUCGGUGUUAAAGAUUUCACCCUGUGCCGUAACGUUGUGUUGUUUGAGCACAACCAUCUCCACAAUGCGAGCCCAAGGCGAGAGCCCUAGCGGGUUCUCAGCUCCUCUUUUAAAAAUUCUGAUACAAUUACUAACCUCUGAAAGUCAACGUUGCGUCUCGCAGAAAAAAGCACCCGCUGAGAGUUCUCAAAUGCUGUGUAUGGUGUUUGCGGUACUGGAGGCAGUUACUGCCUCGUCUGAGCCUGAUAAACAAGAAUACCGAGAUAUGAUGGUGACCCUCGCGUCGCUCCACUCCCUGUUCUAUCUGAAAAGCGACAAGCUAGACUCGAUCAGUCAACAAAUACAACCUUUGUUCAUUCGAGUGAUCUUGAAUGUCACAAACAGCAACCCGGCAAUCUGCGACACAUUUGCAAACCGAGAGAUGGUUGGAGGCCUAGUCCACAUGGUCACUGCGAACUUUGGCGAAUUGAAUGAGGACGCGCUUGGUCAGGAGAACAAUGCCCUUGACAGCGUGAUCCUAGCACUGGGCGCUUUAAUCAACCUGACCGAGCAAAGUGAAGCAUCAAGGACGAUAUUCCUCGACUCUGCGGGCCCAGACCAAUCAUUCCUUGAAAGUCUCACCCGCUUGUUCGCCACCUUUGUCGACUCUAUCUCUACGGCACAUUCCGUCGUGGAGGUACAUCACAAUGUCGCUGUGGGGUAUUUGGCUGUUCUACUACUCACACUCGCCAUCGACAAUGAAACCCGAUCGAAGAUCAAAUCAUUGCUGGCUUCCAAAGGGCUGGCAACGGUGAUAUCAACGGUUGAUGAGUUCUUACAGUACCACCGGAAGGUUGAACAGGAAGCCUCUGUACUGCCCACUCAAGGACAACCGGCUAGUGGGUUCAUGGCCAGAUUACAAGAGCUCAUCGCUCAGAUCCGACUUGCAGAGUCAUGA